AUGAGCAGUGCCAGCGGGACGAGGGACGAGCUGAUGCGUCGGCUCACAGCGAGGGCCGGCAAAGACGCAAUGCGGGUCGCUCGAGGCACCCAGAGUUACAACGAGAAAGACCCUCUAGUAGCUAUGUCUGGGGUGGCGCAGUGCACCAGGGACCUGCUGCCAAGUGAGUGCACACGCUGCCUCUCCUACUACACCGAUCAGCUGCCGCAAUUGCUGUCCAACAACAGCGUCGGAGGAUCAGUCACAGGGUUCAGCUGCCAUAUCGCGUACAACACGUACACGAUCAGCAAGAACGGACGCCGCAAAAGGGUAAAAGCGGCUGUCGUUGCUGGUGCCAUGGCGCUCAUGCUCUGCCUGAUCAGUCUGUCGGUUUGGUUCUUGUCACACCAGAGGCGAAGGAGGUCUAAGGCGGCAGUGAGAUCAGAGCUGGAACAACCACUGAAAGAGGUGGUCUACUUCCAUGGCAGAAGCACAGACCAAGACGAGCUCGAGCAAGGCACCGGGCCCGUGCGAUUCUCAUAUGGUGAGCUCGCGGCCGCCACCGAUUGUUUCUCCGACAGUAAUAAGCUAGGAGAAGGAGGCUUUGGAUCCGUGUACCGUGGGUUCCUCCAUGACACAAACCUCGACAUCGCCGUGAAGAAAGUGUCCAAGAGCUCCCGGCAGGGCUGGAAGGAGUUCGUCUCCGAGGUGAGGAUCAUCAGCCAGAUCCGGCACCGGAACCUCGUGCGGCUCGUCGGAUGGUUCCACGGCGGCGACGACGACGAUCUCCUACUUGUCUACGAGCUGAUGCCCAAAGGCAGCCUCGACGCUCACCUCUACAAGCCAGACCACCUGCUAUCGUGGCCGGUCAGGUACGAGAUCGUGCUCGGGCUUGGCUCUGCACUGCUGUACCUGCACGAGGAGACGGAGCAGCGCAUCCUGCACAGGGACAUCAAGCCAAGCAACGUGAUGCUGGACGCGUCCUUCAAUGCCAAGCUCGGCGACUUUGGCCUUGCCAGGAUCGUCGGCAACGGCAGGGGCUCGUGCACGACAGGAGCGGCCGGGACCCUCGGCUACAUGGACCCAAAGUGCGUCUUCACUGCCACUGCCAGCGUGGAGUCCGACGUCUAUAGCUUCGGCGUCGUCCUGCUCGAGAUUGCAUGUGGCCGACGGCCGGCGGUAGUCCAAGAAGAUGACGAUGACUCCGUUGUCCACUUGCUGCAGUGGGUCUGGGAGUCGUAUGGCAAAGGAACCAUCCUUGAGGCGGCCGAUGAGCGGUUGGAUGGGGAGUUUGACGGGCAGGAGAUGGAGCAUGUCAUGGUGGUCGGGCUCUGGUGCGGGCACCCUGACCGCAGCUUGAGGCCAUCCAUCAGGCAGGCUGUCAGUGUGCUGCGGUUCGAGAUGCCGUUGCCAAGCCUCCCGGCGAAAAUGCCGGUUGCAACCUACAUGCCACAGCCAUCAGCUGAAGAUUCUUUUGGUACUUCAGAUGCCAGCAGCAGCACCGGCAGCAUUGAGGCCACCACGAGCUCUGCACAGACUUGA